AUGGAAGGCACGGCUUCUGCCCAGAAUUCCACUGAAGCACCGCCGUCGACGCAGCAGCAUGACCAGCAGUCCGAAAGGGAACCGUCUUCUUCCAAUAGUGAAAAGCCUCAUUCUGACCCAUCCAUGUACGAAUGCAACAUCUGCUUGGAUACGGCGCAGGAUGCAGUAAUCAGCAUGUGCGGGCACUUGUUCUGCUGGCCGUGUUUACAUCAGUGGCUCGAGACGAGGCCUAAAAAACAACUUUGUCCAGUGUGCAAGUCUGCUAUAGGAAAAGACAAGGUCAUUCCUCUAUACGGGCGAGGUGGUGACAACAAAGAUCCGAGGGAGAAAGUCCCGCCGCGGCCUCAGGGACAACGGACAGAACCUUCAGGCACCGCCUUUACAGACUUCAACUUGGGAAAUGGACCAGAUACCGGUUUUCAGUUUUCGUUUGGAAUCGGUGCAUUUCCGUUUACAUUUUUUGCGUCCACCCUUAAUUUUGGAGAGCAGAGACCGUCGGCUCGUAAGUUCGUUUGUAAUUUUAAAUUUUCUGAGCUACUUGCCCAUUAAGG